AUCCUCUACUUCUUUCAUUGCAUUCCAAGUAUAAAGAAAUACUGAUUAUUUAUGAUUGCUGAUUGUCACAGGGUAUCCAUAUAAUUUGGAUUUCGAUUAUGGUGCACUCUCACAAUUGCAGCAUUUCUCCAUCAAUAACUUAGGAGAUCCAUUCAUUGAGAGUAACUAUGGUGUGCACUCAAGGCAGUUUGAAGUUGGUGUUUUGGACUGGUUUGCGCGCCUAUGGGAUAUUGAAAAGGAUGAAUAUUGGGGAUACAUCACAAACUGUGGAACCGAGGGAAAUCUUCAUGGAAUCCUUGUUGGGAGAGAAGUAUUUCCUGAAGGAAUUUUGUAUGCUUCAAAGGAGUCUCAUUAUUCUAUUUUUAAAGCAGCACGAAUGUAUAGGAUGGAAUGUGAAAAGGUUGGCACUCUACUAACUGGUGAAAUAGAUUGUGCAGACUUCAAAGUUAAGCUACUAGCCAACAAGGAUAAGCCUGCAAUCAUUAAUGUCAACAUUGGAACUACUGUGAAAGGAGCUGUUGAUGAUCUUGAUCUUGUCAUAAAAACCCUUGAAGACUGUGGAUUUUCACAUGAUCGGUUUUAUAUCCACUGUGAUGGGGCUCUCUUUGGGCUUAUGAUGCCAUUUGUCAAGCGUGCACCAAAAGUUACUUUCAAAAAGCCAAUCGGUAGUGUGAGUGUCUCUGGUCACAAGUUUGUGGGAUGUCCAAUGCCAUGCGGUGUUCAACUAACAAGGCUAGAGCACAUCAAUGCCCUUUCUAGUAAUGUGGAGUACCUUGCAUCAAGGGAUGCCACUAUCAUGGGAAGUCGGAACGGGCAUGCUCCACUUUUCCUUUGGUACACUCUGAACAGAAAAGGGUACAAGGGAUUCCAGAAAGAAGUCCAGAAGUGCCUAAGGAAUGCUCAUUAUUUGAAAGACCGCCUUAUAGGAGCUGGAAUCAGCGCUAUGCUCAAUGAGCUGAGCAGCACAGUUGUUUUUGAGCGACCUAAAGAUGAGGAGUUUGUUCGCAAGUGGCAACUUGCUUGUGAAAGAAAUAUGGCACAUGUUGUUGUGAUGCCUAGUGUGACAGUUGAUAAGCUGGAUAACUUCUUGGACGAAUUAGUUGAAGCACGAUCAAUCUGGUACAAGGAUGAGGACGUGAAACCUCCUUGUCUCGCUUCAGAUAUUGGGAGUAAAAAUUGUUGCUGCCCUCAGCACAGAGUGAUCUCUUAGAUAGAGAAGAGAAAGCUGUAGGUUUCCUGUUGUUUCUGUAGGAAACAUUAGAGGCAUCGUAGAAAUGAUGUUUGUAUUAGAGAAGCUAUAAUUGGUUUUUCUUUGUUUCUGUAUGAAACAUUAGAUUCAUUGCAGUAGUGAUGUUUGAAUU